CCUCGGCAUGACAUUAACUUGAAGUCAGUUCUACUACACCUUAGGUGAAAUUGCAGCUGGACGCAAAUACCAUGGACUCGAGGAAGCUUCGCACCGCAGAGACACUUACAAUGUUGUCAUUUUUGGACAAACAGGCGCUGGUAAAAGUUCCUUGGUCAACUUGAUUACGAAGACGCAGGCAGUGCCAACAUUCUCCAACGCCGGGGGAUAUAAAACCAAUGUAUACGAGCAUCAUAUCGUGACUCAAAACAAGAUAAUCAAGGUACAGCUGUUCGACACGGCUUGUCUUGAUAAGGACUCUAAGGGAACGAUCCCCGACACGCAAGCCCAGACGGAUCUAAAGAAGCUCCUCGGAACUCUUAUGACGAAAGGGGUCAUUCAUCUUCUCGUGUACUGUGCGCAGGGCACAAAGGACGCCUCGACGCUUCAGCACAAUUACAAGAUAAUGGACUCCGAAGUGAAAGGAAGAGUUCCUGUCGUGCUUAUCGUUACAGGACUAGAAAACCAAGAACCGGAAGAGUGGUGGAGGUGUAACGAGAGAUCCAUCUUAGACCUCGGGAUGAACUUCGCUGACCACGCGUGUAUUACCGCGUUGGCCAUCAAUGAAGGUGAUGCAAAUGAGGUCAGGCGGCGUCGCGAACAGUCAUAUCGCGCUGUCUGCAACCUUAUCGAACAGCGUUGCCCACAGAAUGGCACGGGCGUGCCUACCAUUCCUCCCGCAAGGAAGACUAAGAACAUCGUACUCUUUGGGGAGGCAGGUGUAGGCAAAAGCUCAGUCGUCAACCUGAUGGCAGGAAAGGAAGUCGCGGAAACAUCUUCUAGCAUGCAACGCUGCACGCUCCAUUGGCAAGAUUAUGCCAUCGACUUCGAUGGGGAAUCCUAUAAGGUGUUCGAUACCAUGGGCAUCGAGGAAUCGGGACUUGAAAAACAGGACUACCUCGUGGCAGUCGCAAAUGCCUAUAGGUUCAUCAAGACAUUGGAUGCGGAAGGCGGCGUUGAUCUGCUUCUGUUCUGCGUUCGCGCCGGACGAUUCACCACUGCGCUUCAGAGCAAUUACAGAUUCUUUUAUGAAUUUCUCUGUAACAAGAAGGUACCCAUUGUUCUCGCAAUUACGAACCUCGAAAGGGAGCAGAAGAUGGAGGACUGGUGGGAGCGAGAGCAUGGCAUUUUCACUCGAUACCAAAUACACGUCGCUGGCCACGCGUGCAUAACCGCCGCCAAUGAAUUGGAAGGCAUACACCAACAACUUUACAAAGAAUCACGUGUCGCGAUCCGCAACCUCGUCAAGGAGCAUAUUGCUGGCGAGUACAAUCAUGCAUGGACGGGAGGGAACAACGUGUUCGUGUCUUUAGCGCAUGCGCUCAAGGAGAUUCUUGUAAAGAAUGCGCAUAUCAGAAAGGCAACCCUUGCCGGUCAACUCGCGAAGCGUUGUGGCAUGUCCCCAGAAACAGCAAGACAGUUGGCCGAUAUGAUCGAGCAAGAGAGUUCAAAGUGACUGAUUAAUUUCCGUCUUGUCGUGCUCUUGUAAUUGUAGAUAUGUGGCUAGGUGUUUCUUAUUCCUGCUCCUUGAUCACUGUACAGUAAAU